GUUGAUCUGCCUUGGAAUAUGCCUGUGAAACGGAGCGUGUCAGGAGGGUAUAAAAAUUGGCAUUUUGGCAUCUUUUGCUGUAUUUCCAAGCAGCGUUCGGGGAGUUCUUCUGGCAGACAGCCUUAGCUCGCAGCAAUGAGAUUAUCAGCAUCAAGUCUUCUGCUUUCUGGGUUCCUCUUUGGGAAGCUGGCUCUUGGGUUGUCAGCUGCAGAAUGGCGCUCCCAGUCCAUCUACUUCCUUCUUACGGAUCGGUUCGGUAGGGCGGACAAUUCGACCACGGCGACGUGCGAUACCGGCGAGCAGAUAUAUUGCGGUGGAAGCUGGCAAGGCGUUAUCAAUCAUUUGGAUUACAUCCAGGGCAUGGGCUUUACUGCCAUCUGGAUUUCGCCGGUCACCGAGCAGCUACCGCAGGACACUACAGAUGGGGAAGCCUACCAUGGCUACUGGCAGCAGAAGAUAUAUACUGUAAACUCCAACUUUGGCACUGCAGAUGAUCUCAAGGCCCUCUCAGAUGCUCUCCAUGCUCGCGGAAUGUACCUGAUGGUUGACGUCGUACCGAACCACAUGGGCUACGCGGGUGACGGUGAUGACGUGGACUACAGCGUCUUUGACCCAUUUGACUCGUCUUCUUACUUUCACCCAUACUGCCUCAUUACCGACUGGAGUAACUUGACAAUGGUUCGCGACUGCUGGGAGGGCGACACCAUUGUCUCUCUCCCAGAUUUGAACACCACCGAGACAGUUGUUCGAACAAUAUGGUACGACUGGGUUGCAGACCUGGUAUCCAAUUACUCUAUCGACGGUCUCCGCAUCGACAGCGUUCUUGAAGUCGAGCCCGACUUCUUCCCCGGCUACCAAGAAGCAGCCGGUGUAUACUGCGUCGGCGAAGUCGACAACGGUGACCCUGCCCUCGACUGCCCAUACCAGGAGUAUUUGGAUGGCGUGCUCAACUAUCCAAUUUACUGGCAACUCCUCUACGCCUUCGAAUCCUCCAGCGGCAGCAUCAGCGAUCUCUACAACAUGAUCAAAUCCGUUGCCAGUGACUGUUCCGACCCAACCUUGCUGGGCAACUUUAUCGAAAACCACGACAACCCUCGCUUCGCCUACUACACAUCCGACUACUCCGAAGCCAAGAACGUCCUCAGCUACAUCUUCCUCUCUGACGGCAUCCCCAUCGUCUACGCCGGUGAAGAGCAACACUACAGCGGCGGCAGCGUGCCCUACAACCGCGAAGCCACCUGGCUAUCGGGCUACGACACCUCAGCAGAACUCUACACCUGGAUCGCCACCACCAACGCCAUCCGCAAACUAGCCAUCGCAGUAGACUCGGACUACAUCACCUACGCAAACGACCCCUUCUACACAGACAGCAACACCAUCGCCAUGCGCAAAGGCACCUCCGGCAAACAAGUCAUCACCGUGCUCUCCAACAAAGGCUCCUCGGGAAGCAGCUACACCCUCACCCUCAGCGACAGCGGCUACACCUCCGGCACGGAACUCAUCGAAGCCUACACCUGCACCUCGGUAACCGUCGAUUCCAACGGCGAUAUCCCCGUCCCAAUGGCCUCUGGCCUCCCGCGCGUCUUCCUCCCCGCAUCCUCCAUGGACUCAUCCUCUUCCUCUCUUUGCGGUGGCGGCUCCUCAACCUCCACAUCCACAGCCACUGCCACCACCACCACCACCUCCUCCACAUCAUCCACAGCAACAUCAACAUCAACCUGCACAUCCAUCUCCAUAACCUUCAUCGAAACCGUAACCACCACCUACGGCGAAGAAAUCUACCUCACCGGCUCGAUCUCCCAGCUCGGAGACUGGGAUACCAGUGACGCGAUCCUUCUCUCCGCGGAUAAAUAUACCUCGAGUAAUCCCGAAUGGUAUGUCGAGGUGACGCUGCCGACGGGGACCAGCUUCGAGUAUAAAUUCAUUAAGGUCGAGAGUGAUGGGAGUGUUACUUGGGAGAGUGAUCCAAAUCGCGAGUAUACGGUUCCCGAGGGGUGUAGUGGGGUUACGGUGGAUGAUAGUUGGAGGUAGAUGAUUGGUUUUGGGUGUUUUGGAGGGGGGGAAGGGGGUGGUUUGGGGUUUAUGGGUUUGAGUUGG